UGCUGAAAACCAUAUCUAGCUUACCCAAUCUUUCAGACCAUGUGUUCUAUGCUUUGAGAUCAGGAGGACCUUGGUGUUCUGAAAUGAAGAUGGAGGCAGUCAGAAAAGCAGAAGCACUUGUGAAUUCAGAAGUUCUGCCAAAGGCUUCUGAGAAGCAAGAGACAGUUCCUGAUGAAGAUGGUCCUGUAGAACUAAAGACUCAUACUCAGAAAGACCUCAUGCACAGUGCAUCAGACUCUGCAGUGCUGUUGUUGAUGCCUUGCUUACUGAUGGAACUGAGACGAGACUCUUCAGAAUCUCAGCUAGCAUCUGCAGAGAGUGAUAAGGCAACAGAUGGUCAAGUUUAUGAGAGUGACUCUUCUAAUCCUUGCAUGCUUUCUUCUUCCAGUGGGCAUUUGGCUGACUCAGAUACAUUGUCUUCCACAGAAGAGAAUGAGCCCUGUCAAGCUGAAGCUGCUGUAGAGGGGGAUCCUUCUGGGAUCUCUAGGGCUGCAGUUGGGAGGAAAUCCAGGCGAUCCAGGUCUGAAAGUGAGACUUCGACAAUGGCUGCCAAGAAAAACCGACAGUCUAGUGAUAAGCAGAAUGAUCGAGUUACCAAGGUAAAAGGUCACCGAAGUCAAAAACACAGGGAAAGAAUCCGUCUGUUAAGGCAGAAACGAGAGGCAGCUGCUCGCAAGAAGUACAACCUGCUGCAGGACAGCAGUACCAGUGAUAGUGACCUGACAUGUGACUCAAGCACGAAUUCAUCUGAUGAUGAAGAGAUUUCAGGGAGAAGCAAGACCAUCACUACAGAGAUACCAGGUAGAGGAUGUUUUUUAAACUGAACUGUAACACAUCUGAUAUCGUUUCUCAACUGUCAUGCUAAAUUAG